UCCCACCAUCCCUUGCGCGCUCCCGCCCCUUCCUUCUUCCUCGGCGCUGCCUGCGAGGUGGCUGCCAUCUGUUUAGCGGCAUCAUGGCUGCCCUCCGGCCUCUGGUGAAGCCCAAGAUCGUCAAAAAGAGGACCAAGAAGUUCAUCCGGCACCAGUCAGACCGAUAUGUCAAAAUUAAGCGAAACUGGCGGAAACCCAGAGGUAUCGACAACAGGGUGCGGAGAAGAUUCAAGGGCCAGAUCCUAAUGCCUAACAUUGGUUACGGGAGCAACAAGAAAACCAAACACAUGCUGCCUAGCGGCUUCCGGAAGUUUCUGGUCCACAAUGUCAAGGAGCUGGAAGUGCUGCUGAUGUGCAACAAAUCUUACUGUGCCGAGAUUGCUCACAACGUUUCCUCCAAGAACCGAAAAGCCAUCGUGGAAAGAGCAGCACAGCUGGCCAUCAGGGUCACCAACCCCAACGCCAGGCUACGCAGCGAAGAAAACGAGUAGAUGGCUUGUGUUUGUGUUUUAUUUGUGCUUAAAUAAAACCACAAAAACUGCC